UCUGUUGUCACUUAGUAUUUGCUUGUUCUAGGUCAAAUAUUUGUGAAAAAUUGUUAUUAAACACACUUGCAGUUAAUAAUUUACUGAUUCUGAGAAGUUUUUUUAAUAAAUAAUCUUAAAUCCUGGACUUAUAAGAACUCUACGUUACGUGAAUUUGUCUUUAAAACAAUGGAUUCAUGCCUGGGCGUAGAACAAGAUUUAGACAAAGCAACAACAAAAUUUACAGGGAUUCACGAUCAUACGAACAAAAUACUGCAGGAUCUGAUAACUCAAGUCGAAAAUAUAAAGCAGGAAAUAGCUAAACAGCCUGAAAAUGAACAAUUAUCUGAAGAUCAGGCAUUAUUGGUUAGUGAGUUAGCAGCCACUUUGAAACAAACAGUAUUUCAGAUGUCUACAGAGCAUCGUGAACUUCAUGCAACAGUAUCCAGAGUUGGAAAGUCUAUUGACAGGCAUUUUAUUGUGGAUUAUGCAGCAGUUGCACCAAAAGCUGAAUCAUUUUGUAGUGAAACUAAUAGACCCAUUAUGGAACAGGCUAUUGCACAACAUUUGUAUAGACAGGGUCUUGAAGACGUGGGCGACGUGUUCGUUGACGAAGCGCACAUUCCGCCUGUGGAGCGUACGUGUACGUUCGCUCAACUACAGCGCUGUGCGGCUGCACUUUCGGACGGAGACCCGGCGCCUGCAUUGCAAUGGGCAGAGAAAAGAGUGCAGGAACUUGCACAUUCACCGCUCCCCUUUACCCUGCAUAGGAUGCAGGCCCUUAAGCUAGCACGCGAACAGGGCGUAGUAUCGGCGAUAGAGUAUGUACGCAAAGAGUUCCCGGCGUACGCGUCCCGCCACGAGCGCCAAUUGCAGGCCGCGGUCUGUGCACUCGCUUGGUGCACGCCCGGUGCGCCCACUCCGCCCGCUAACUACGCGCACCUGUUAGAUCCUAAGGCACUUGGCGCAGAGGCAGCGGAAUUGUUCAUUCGCGAAUCCUGCGCAGUGUUGCGAUUGGCCGCGUUGUCUCCUUUAGCGGGGGCAGUGAUCGCCGGCGCAAGGGUUCUACCGGCUUUACACGACAUUCGGGCUAAGAUGAGCCACCCCAAUGUUAUAGCAGCCUGGGCUGAUGAUGAACUCCCUCUGGAGGUGGAGUUGGGUGAAGAUGGCGGUGGCUACCAUUCAGUGUUUGCGUGUCCGAUUUUACGCCAACAGGCUUCUGAACUGAACCCGCCAAUGAGGCUUCUUUGCGGUCACGUCAUAUCACGGGACGCUUUGAAUAAACUCGCUAUGGGCGUCAAAUUGAAAUGCCCAUACUGUCCCAUGGAACAAUCACCAGGCGAAGCCAGACAAAUUUAUUUCUCUUGAAGUGUUUAAUGUUUAUUUUAAUAUUAAGUCUGUACAUAAAUUUUACUUAAACUAAAUCAGUUUAUCUGUUUUAAAAUCAACAGACUUAAAUUAAAUACAUAAACGCCAAUUUAUUGACAUUUUGAAUGCUUGUCAACUUGACAGAUAACUACGUUUUAAUCUUUCAUGUUGACAUCCUAUGACGUCUAUUAAAAUGUUGCCAUGCCGCAGGAAAACAUUUGUUGUCACAUUUUAUUAAAAACGACACGUUCGUUGCUGUUAAAUAGUGAUCUUGUAAAAACAGAAUUAGGCUGAUUUAGUUUUUUAAUAUUGAUGAAAAAUUAAUUGUCAGUAAGCAAAUAUACGAUUAUUAAAAGACUUUUACUUUAUAUUACGUUUUUACCCUCAUGCGAUCCUUUGUUUCAGAGGAAAUAACGAAAGUAGUGAUUCCUUAAGAACUCGGUGAUUAUUACACAUAUAUUAAAAAUAUUGAGGCCAAAAUUUGUUUCCAUGUCCUUCUGAUAUUUAGAUAAUUGAUGAUUUUAAUUCUUGAUAUAAAAUAUGCAAGUAUUUAAUCACAUAAUUAUAGCGGUUCUGGCUUUAACGUGCGACUCAUUUCUGAGGUCGUAGGUUCGAUCCCCGGCGUUCAUCAAUGAACAUUGUCUAUGUGCGUAUUUAACAUUCGCUCGAAUGACGAAGGAAAAUACAUACAUCUGACGACAAGGUUGAAGCUCCACCGAUUUAUUCUCCAUGUAUUCAGAUUUUUUAUAUUAACAACAAAAAAUCGGUUCUUAGGCCUUCAUAAUGUAAUAAAAUUCACAUAAAUAGAAAAUACCCAUUUCAACUAAAUCACUUUUAUUAUUAGGAAAAAUAAGCAGAAUUAUUUAAAGUUAUAGAUUUGGUCUAUUAGCUUUAUAUUCCUCUUUAUAUGUAGUUAUGUAAAUGUUUAGUAAUGUGUAACGAAAUGAUUUAAAAUAUUUUAAGUGAUUAAAUUUUAGAACCUAAUAAACUCGUAUUAGUUAUUGUACUUUGAUAAAAUUAUUAUACUAAUUUGGCUGGUUAUAAUUUAAAAUCAAGACAAGAUGGCGUCAUUCGAUUGUCAACCGGAAUGUUGCGUAUCUGUGAUUUGAAUAUGGUUGACGUUGAAUCAAGCUAAACGCGCCAUUUACAUUCAAAGUCUUACACGGAUUAUUAUGAAAAAUACCUUUGAUUCUUUUGUUUUGGCACAAUUUUUGUGUUUGUUCCUAUAAUUGGUUUUGUAUAUUUCCAAAAUUUAUAUUUAGGUAUAGUUAUAAUUUUAACAAGUAUGAAUACUUAUAAACGCAUUCGUUUUUUCAUCUAAGCAUCUGGAUGCGUUAACGGGAAACUUAUGUUCCAAUGGGCAAAUAAUAGUUAAUAAAAAUGUAGUUGACUAGAAUAAAAUACAUAGAUGUUUUAAAUUAUUAUGUAUGAAAAUUAUAUAUGAAAACUCGAUCAUCAGAAAUAUAGAUACCAGCAAACAUCUUGAACAAAUGUUCUUUCUUGCCUGCGCAGAAGCGAUUUUUUGGUAUAACUUGGAAAAGGGGGGCGGUGGGAGAGCGACGUCUCGAUCGCGUGAUUGGUAAAUCCGUUGACGUUUGUAUCCCGCGCUGUGUACGUUGCGCAAACAUUCCCCCACUCCCUUGAUUAAUGCUCAAGAAGUUUGCCGGUAUCCGUACCACUAUAUGAAAUGAUAACAUAAAUGUCUUUAUAUAAGAUUCGCACUGUGACAAACAAUUCUUGAAAAUCAUUCCUCUUUACGAUUUAUAGUACGUUUAAGCAGGACUAUGAGCAGUAGGUGUCUUUGACAAAAAGGUGUCUAAUUUGUCGCAGAGCGAAUCGUUACGAGCCAAAAGGAGAUUUUAUACAUUGAUCAAUUAUAUAUUAACAUAGAACUAUUGCAUUAUAGACUGGUUAUAGAAUAUUGUUCUUUUGUAAUAAAGCAUAUUUAGAAUUA